GCCAAGGGCAGUCACGGAGGAGCUGUCUUGGGGGAGGCUGACGCGGCUGUCCUGGAGAUAGUGUUAAGGGCAGGCAAGGGCAGGCAGUCGUGAUGGCGCCGAAGAAGAAGGGAAAGGGGAAGGGGGACAAGCUGGCACGCAUGACGGUAGAGCAGCGGCAGCAGUACUUGGAUCGGCGGGCGGCGCAGGAGGCGGAGAGCGCGCGGAGGAAAGAAGAGCUGCUCGCGGGGUUCCUCAAGCUCAAGUUAGCAGACGAAGGGAAGAAGGGCGAGGUGAACGAGGCCCGACUCAUGACCAAAUGGCGGGAGGUGCUGAGAGAAGCGAAGACCUCCACACUCAGCACCCAGCUCCAGGAGCUAAGAGAGCGCGUGGCCGAGGGAACAACACGCCAGAGUCGCCUCAUUGAGUUGCUCAGGUGCCAGGUCGCUCAGGCUCACCACCAGCGCGCUCAGGCCGCCCACAACCACCUGGCCGCCGUGCACAAACUGACAGAGUUGCAUGAGGAGCACGUGGCUUUGUUGACGCAGUACCUGAGAGGGCGUGAGGCUGAGAUGGUGGGCGGGGCGGCGGCGGCGGGCACGGAGCAUCUGGCGGCGACCCAACUCCACCAGCUGCGCCGUCUGUCCCUCGUACAGCAGGCGUCCCAGCGGGACCACGACCUAACGGAGAAGGAGCAGCUGGCGGCCUUCCAUACCACGCUGACGCAGAUCACAACGCAGCUGGAGGAGGAGGUGGCGGCGGCGCGGGUGGAUGGAGAGACCCAGCUGGAGCGUGCGUGGGGGCAGCUGGCGGCGAGCGUGAGGCAACACCAGGCGGAUACUUCGGCUCUGCGCGCGACCUGCCAGCGUCUGCAGGAGCGCGUCGCCGCCCACCGCGCCACCCUCGCCUCUGUCACCACCGCCACGAAGGAUAUGCAGGACGAGGUCGAUAAACUUCGGAAAAAGCUGCGGCAAGAGCGCUCCCCCACAGCCGCGGAACAGGAGCUGCGUCGGCUGCGCGGUGCGGUGGGCGUGGUGCGCGCGGCGACGGCGGGGCAGCGCGUGGCGGGGCGCACGCUGCUCAAGGCCAUCAACGGGCGUGGGGAUCAAGCGACGAAACGCGUGGAGGAGGUGCUGAGGGAGGGCCGCGCCGUCCUGGACCUCGCCGAGAUCUGCCAGCGCCUCGAGACCAACCGAGACCGCAACCUGCCCUUCCUCCCGCCCUCCGCCGCCGCCGCCGCCACUGACGCUUCCUCCCGCCUCUCCCCGGAGCCCCGCGUGCCCUCCGUGGAUCUUCUCGCCCUCCCCCCGGUUCGCUCCGCCCCCCCUCUUGAGACAGAGACACUGGUGGGGCUUCACUCCGAGACGGACGAAGGCCUCGGCUCCUCCGUCUAUUCCUCCAAGGGUGGCGCCUCCUCGCGCUCCUCCAGGGCCGCCCUGUCCAGCCGACCCCCCGCCGCCGCCGCCCGCCCCGCCACUGGGAGCAAGAGGACACAGAGGAAGCCCAGUAAGGUACACAAAACGGGAAUGGGCGAGGAACAACAACAACAACAACAGGAAACAGACGAGGGCAUGGACUCAUCAGCAGCGGAACCCCAAACAGCAUCAUCCACCCUCUCCUUACCGCUCCUCCCCUCCUCCUCCUCCUCGACCUCCUCCAGCGCCCUCACCCCCCCUGCCACGACCGCCCCGCCCCCCUUGCACCCCGGCGGGAGGAGGGCGUCGCUGGGGAGGGAGAAGCUGGCGAGGAUAAGUGAGCUGCUGUACCAUGAGGAGGCGAGUCACGAGGCCCAGGGCGAGGAGUUCGGUCCCAUCCCUGACAUCGUUCUGCAGGAGGCUGACGCGGCCCUCAGAACACACGAAGGGCUCAGGAAGUUCUGGCGCAAGUAUCACCAAGUUCAGCUCGAGCGACUUGCCCUGCGCGGGGAGGCGGCGGCGCUGCGGGAGGAGGGGCGCCACCUGCGGGUCCUCCUGAAGAAGUAUUUUGUCUCCCUCGGUAUGAGUGACGCCGCCCUCCGCCUCCCCUCCACCUCCCCCCUGAGUGUUGGCGCGCUGCCUCCCCGCCAUCCCCACUUCGAUUCCCGCGGCAGUGGGCGUUCCAAGUCUGUUCCCCCGAGUGCACGAAGCGGCAGCGUGUUGAGCGGCGGGCUGGCUACCUUCUGCAGCGCCUCCCACCGGUUCCCCUUCUCCCCGGCACCUCCUUCCGUCAUGGUGCAGGAGGGAAAGGUUCUGGUGCGUGCUAUGGCCCUGCACGACGCCCCACGCCCCUCCCACGCCGUCCAGACCGCACACCCACGCCCACACGCAUCUUCCGUCACCAUAUCCGUCAUCGCCCCCACCACCCAUGCCCUAUAGUUUUUGCUGUGGUAUCUCCGCGUGUGUGUGUGUGUGUGUUUAUUAGGUAUUGUUAAUGGAUAGUCUUCUGAAAGCGCAUGUCACUGGUUGUCACACAUCUACCCGGGUAGCCAGACCUGCUGGGGACUCUUCCAACAUGGCAUUCCACCUUUACUACUGCAGGCUGAGAGGCACCUUUUCAUCAUACAGCAUUUAUUAUAACAACACUUCCUAAUAAAACAUAACUGGAGAA